CCUCAGGACUUCGGUCGGUGCUUCAGAAACCAGGACAUGGAACAAAAAUUGAAACUUGGGAUUGUGGUCUUCAGAUGCAUCGUCGCCGUCUGCUUUUGUACGCUUUGUUCAGCUCAAAGACUUUGCACAGUGCCUCCUGGGCCUGUCGUCGUCCCUGAGAACAACACUGCUGACAUCCAGGUGGUUAAAAUAAGCUCUGGCAGUGAUGUCACUCUAAUGGUCGUGGCCAACCCCCAAGAAAUGUUUUAUCUAAAAGGCAAAGCCCUGAUGGUGAAAAAAGAACUGGACUAUGAGGCUGUACAGAAUACAGCAACUCUAGUGGUGUGGGUGCAAUGCAACAGACCCGGUUCCAAAUCUCUGAACGAGUCUGUUGAAGUGGUCGUGGAAAAUAUAAAUGACAACCCCCCAAACUUUGCUCAGAACCACUAUAUACUGGAAGUGAAUGAGCUGACUACAGUCAACUCCAGCGUUGGACUAAUAGAAGCUACUGAUGUUGAUUCUGAACCACUGUAUUAUCGCUUAGAGUCUGCCAUGGAUAAAUAUUUCCACUUGGAGAACAUCAACACUCCAAAAUUACUGGUUAAAAGUGUAAUGGACUACGAUGUUGUGCAAAAGAUCUCUCUGGUGUUACAUGUACAGGACACACUUAAUGGUUCAGCCUCCAAUAAGCCAUUCUUCACAUCUGUGGCCACCAUUACAGUGCACGUGAAAGACGUGGACAACCGUCCCCCAUGGUUUCAGCCAUGUUUGAGGACUAACUUGGGGCUCGCUAAGCUGUGUUUGAGCACGGGCUACAGAGGCAAAGUCAAUCUGACUGAGAAGGAGGAGGGCCCACUGACGCUGGAACCAGGUCCAGUGUUUGCUAAAGACGGAGACAAGAACAGAAGCGAACAGAUCAGCUACAGAAUAUUAAGAGGGAAUGAAGGGAACAUAUUCCAGAUAGAUGAGGACACAGGAAACAUCAGCAUGUCAAAAGCUGCUGAUAUUGUGGGCCCCAUAACACUCACUGUUCUGGCAUCACAGGUGACCAACAGAGACCAGUUUGCUGUGACUCAGGUGACCUUUGAGGUGAUGAAGAAGAGCAGGAACCCUCCUCGCUUUGAGAAGGAGCGUUACGAGGGAUUUAUCUACAGCAACUCUGUGCCUGAAAGCAUGAUCCUCAGGGACCGCAGCACAUAUCGGCCCUUCAGGGUUCGAGCCCGGGAUGAGGACUUUGUUGGUGGUGUGAAUCCGGAUGUAAAAUAUGAGGUGCAGUACAGCAGCUACGUCAACGUGACCUCAGAUGGUUUUGUGAUCCUAAAGAGGGUUGUGAAGACCGAGUCCUUUGCAUUGCAGCUCAGAGCGGUGGACUCCACAACGGGAGAGGUUGGCACAACAGCACUCUCUGUUCAAGUCAUACCUGCUGACGCCAUACCGUCCCCUUCAAAUGUUGGCUACCGCGCGGGUGACAUGGCGCUCCUCGGGCUGGUCAUGGCAGCUCUGCUGGUCCUCUGCCUCAUUGUGAUUGGCUUCUUGAUCUCCCGCUUGUGGAAGGACAACAUAUGUGAGUGCUUGGACUGUCUGAAGUCUAAGCAGCAGCAUGGCGGCCACAGAGACUCCCUACAGUACACCAAUGACGGCUUCCAGAACGAGGCCGACGCAAGCCGCGGACGCCAGAAGAACGCCCGUACCAGAGGCAGCAGCUUCCCCCUGGCCGGGGGCCGAGUCGUCCCCCAGGGGAGACGCAACCGCCACUGCUCCUCCUGUGGCGUUUUUGCAAACCACGUCCCCAAAGGGAGCCCCUCGUUAAGACCCUCCAGGAGGGGUCGGGGGGACGGGGAUGACUCCAGCUCGAGGUCCAUGCUGGCCAAGCAGAGGAGGAGGGAGGGACAGAAGACGGUGUGGUUCAAGGAGAGCGAGGACUCCUCCGACAUCGAGGUGGAGAUCAUCCCGGACACUGUGGGCCGAGUGGAGGAGGAGACGCAGGAGGAGCUGGAGGAGGAGUUGGUGAUGGAGGGAGUGGUCAGAGACCCUGCUGCUCCAUGCGCACGGUCUGAGGAAGGCCAACAGAGCUCCAACCUGGAACCUGGACCUGACCAGGACCAAGGUGGUACUACUGUGGAAAAAGAGAAGGAUGGCAAUGAUCAGGAUGGCUGACAGAAUAUUUUUCUUGUUUCUCUAAUUUGGAUUCUGCAACCAAAAGCCCAGGUUUGAACAAUCCGGGACAAAGAGUCAAAAGUGGGAUCGUUGCAGAAACCUUAAAAAAAUGUAUUUGCUACUGUGAGUCUCUUAGAAUACUGAAGUAAUAACAAACCCUUUUCAGCGUGACGUCAUAUACCUCUGAUGUCUUAGUUAUAAAUGAAUAGUGGAAGACAAAGAUAGAUUAUAUUGGAACUGUUUAUGCUUGGGGUGUCCAGAGUGUGGCUCACGGGCCUGAUUGAUUUUUGAAUAUUCUGUACAUACAAUUACAUUUGAAACAUUAUUGAGAGGCACAUUUAAAAGAGAAAUAGUUGAAAUAUUAAAUGUUUGGACAAUAUAUCACAGUAAAAAUAGGAAGUAAGUAUUAAAUGAAAUAUAUUUACCAGCUUAGUAUAUAGUGUAUUAGCAAGCCAGCCUCCAUUGAUAUCUCAGUGUUUAAUUUUUUUCCAUCUUUAUUCAUAAUACAGACUUUCGUUAUUUUGUUCCAAGUCUUACUAGCAUUCUGAUAGAGGAAGAUAACUUCAAAAACAAAUGCUAUCUGGGCCUGCUAUGUCCUACACAAAUUAUUCCUAAAGUAUUUUCACAUCAUACAAAAAAGUUGAAUAAAAACAUGAUAAAAAGGCAGUACUUAAAAAUAAGUUGUUUUUUUUUGAAUGAUCAUUUAUUAAAAAUAUAAUACACACUUAAAAUGUAUACUACAAUUAAUACAUCUAAUCAAUGGAAUUUUUUUUGUAGAAUAUACAGUAUACAUUUUUGCCCAUACCCAGACUUUAGGGACACCUUGUAUUAUACGGCAUACUGUAUAUUAAAUUAAUAUUUUAGAGAAAUAAAUGUUUUAUAAUAAAUACAUACAUAUUUUACAUUAUAUAUAUAUAUAUUUUUUUAUUUUUUUUCUUAAACAUUUUCUUCUUAGUCUAUGUAAUGGUGGUUAUUUCUGCUGACUGAACAAGAUAAAAUGUCAAGUAAUGGGAACAAAAGAAAAAAAAUGGAAGAGACAAUCAGACGACUUUUAAGCAAAAAUAAAAUGUCAGGUUUUCAAACAGAUUCGUAACACAGACCUGAUAUGCCAGAGUCAACUUUUUAGAGUAGGUACUGUUGCUGUAUAAUUUUUUUUUUAGGAAAUGGGUUGUCAUAAUUAGACAGAAUGCUUGAUAUUAACAAAGAAUUGGUAAAUGUGUGCUCACAAACAUUUAACAGGACACUAAAAUGAUAUGUAUACUGAUAUACUAUAUAUAGAUAGAGAGAGAAUAUUGCAUAAAAUAAUUGUAUUUUGAGAAAAAAUUUAGGAAUAUUCUGCAUUUUCUGUAACUUUGUGCCCAUGUCUGCUUCCUGUAAAGUUGUAAAGUGUAACUGUUUGUAAACUUUAGAAAAUACAAACACUUUUGUUAACAAGCACAACAAGCAGACAAACAGAAUGUCUAUGGCACAGAGGACACAGCCAUGAUUGCAUCUAAUUAUUAAUAUUACACUUAAAAACAAUUUAUUUAUUAAAGGUGUGUUCAGGAGCUAAGGAAGCCAACUAUCUAUUUUUUUAAUUUCCUAAUUUAAAAGGGUUUUGUAAUAAUAUCGGUGCAUUACUUGUAGUAAAUAAUACAUUCUCAUCAACGGGUUGUAUAUUUUUGAGCCUAUGCAUUAUAUUGACACGUUGGUUAAUUAUUUGUCACUUAAUGAGUGUUUGAAAGAAUAAAAUAUGCAGACUUCUUUUACACACACAAAACCUCUCUCUCUUGUCCAGAAACUGUCGAAUAUUACAUUUUU